ACUCAAGUCAGCACUAUUUACACGCAAGUUUUUAUUUCGUCGUGUUUUCUGUCUCCGACAAUUUAUACCUUGUGUUCUCUCUCUCAUAUCAGUACAAAACUUCCGCAAAAUCUAUUUUUGUUUGCGUCUAAAUUUUCAAGAAACCUCAUCAUCUCUCGCCGAAUAUAAUAUAGUCCAAAAAAAAUUAAAAAAAAGUUUCUAACAAGCAAGAAACAAAAAAAGAAAAAAAAUAGUUUGAAAGACUUCAUUGAGGGUAAUAAAAAUUAGUUUAUACAAAGAUUUUUCCAUUGUUUGUUUCGUGCCGGGUUGGAGAAUAGAUAAAGCAAAUCGUGCAACCUGACGUGGAAACGAGUGAGGGAAAGGAAAAGAAGGCAGCAGGUAGGGAACACGAGGUUGACGAUUAUCAGCAUCAGUCGUUCGCGCGUGUCGUGUGCAUGCGGUACUGGUGGUUUUGUUUCUAGAGAAAACAAAAACAAAAAAAAAAAAAACAAGAGAGGAGAGAAAUUCACCAAUAAGAAAAGAGAAAAAAAAAUUUAGUGAAGAAAAAUUUGUUUUUGUGAAUUAAAAAAGUUUUUGUUUUUCUAGUGUAAUCUUAAUCAUGUCGUUAUUAAAAGGCGAUCAAAAAGUGCCGAGUGCUCGACUAUGUCAUAUUGUAAAAUGGGAUGAUUUCGAUGGCUAUGGAUUUAAUCUUCAUGCCGAGAAAGGUAAAACCGGUCAAUUCAUUGGGAAAGUUGAUGACGGUUCACCAAGUGAAGCGGCCGGUCUUCGUCAAGGCGAUCGAAUUAUUGAAGUUAACGAAAUCAACAUUGCGAAUGAGACGCACAAACAGGUGGUCGAUCGCAUCAAAGCAUUUCCAAGUGAGACGAAACUUCUUGUUGUGGACCAGGAGGCGGACGAUUAUUUCAGGGGCAAUAACAUCAUCAUCAAGGGCACCAUGGCGAACGUCAAGGUGAUCAAGACACCGGAGAGAAAUCCUGCCACCGUUGACGAUGAUGCCCGAUGUGAUGGCAGUAACGGCUCCAUCGAUGAGAAUAUGCAGAAGUCAAUCGACUCGAAUGACACAUCGCACAGCGGCUUAUCAACAGCGCCCACUGCAACAUUAACAAAUGAAAAUUCGGAGGAGAAUCACAAAAACGGAAGUGGAAAUAUGAAUAACGAACAAUCGUCAAAUGGAACAAGAAAUGGCAAAAUGGAUAACGAGAAAGAAGAAUUAAAUUUAAAUUUAACCGUGAAGGAAUUACGAGCAAAAUUAGCAAUGAAGAAAAAAUAUGACCCAAAAAAAGAAUCAUUAGGCUUCAAAGACAAAUUUGAUAUUGUACAAAAAUUAUAAUCCAUUCAAAUGUCAAUUUUUUUUUGUCCCAAUUAUAAAUAAGUGACAGAGAGAGGGAGACAAUAGUCUUUCUAGAGCGUACACAGAGAUUAUUUUGAUCCACUUGCUCAUUGUACGCUCGACAAAAUGAUACCUCCAAUGAUCAUUGGACCGUGAUAAGUGCCCAUUUUUUCCAUCAGGAUCACAUAUUUCUUAUAUAAAUAUUAUCAAUAGAUAACGGAUCAUUCUUCAAUGAAUAAAAUACAAUUAUAGAAAUUAUUGAAAAGUGAAGAGAGAAAAAAUUUUACCUCAUUUAUCAUAUACUUUAAGAAUAGAGGAUCAAGAAAAGAAAACAAAAGAAAAAAGAAUAACGAUCCUAAAGAUGUUUUUUUUUUUGGCUCAUUUAUUAUGUAUUACAAGGAAUGAUCUCUUGAUAAAAUAAUUAAUGCUUGUACAAUUAUUAAUUACAUUAUGCUACAGAAAUGCUACAUAUUUUAGUCACUGUCGAUGAUGAAUGAUUAAAGUGCGAAUUUUGUCAAUCAUUCAAUUUUCACUCUUGAAAUUCAGAACAAGUAAAAUUUAAUUUCACAUUAUUGGAGAAAAUUUGUAGAAUUUUUACCUCGAAUAUUUUAUUUUUUAGUGAGGAAAAAAGGAGAAAAGAUAUGACUAUUUUGUCAUAAUUGAACUAAUUAAUUUUUACUAUAAAUUUGUUUCCAAUUUCAAUAGUUUUUUUGUUUAAUUUAAAUACAACUUUGCUAAUUAAGUAAAUCUUCCAUUCGUACAAAAUUUAGUCUUCUUUUUUCCUUUCUGAAAAAUUGUAAAAUACUUGAGGAAAAUUUAAAUAAAUAUUUUUACGCUUAUUCAGAUUUAAAGUGUGGAAAGUAAAAUUAUCAGAAGCGAAUAUUUUUGAAUAACUAAUAGAAGUAAAUUUUUUCCUGCAUAUUUUGUCUCACCGAAAGAAAUUUCACGCUACAAAUUUUGAUUAUGGAAAAUCUUUCGUUAAAAUUUCUUCUCGAGAAAAAGAAAAAAUUUUUGGUAUUGUUAUUUUUUGGAAAAAAAAAUCAGUUUCAAAUUAUUUCCUACAGGAAAAUUUUGAAAUCUUUUUACUAAGUUUUUCCCUCUAAAGAGAGGGAAUUGUUUCGUAAAAAAUUAUUAUUUCCGCUUAAUUCGCAUAAUAAGAUAAAAAUAAAUAAUAGAAUAAUAAAAGUAUUUAUUUUAAUAAAAAGCAAUAGAAUAAAAAUUUCUGAAAAUAUUCGAACGAUUAGGAAAAAUAUCUAAAACUGAUAAUUUAUAAUCUACGAUUGGAGAUUAUAAUUUUUUUUUAAAAAAUCGACUUGAAUUGAAACGAAUUUGAAAUUAUUUGAUAUAGUUUUCGAAUGAUAGAAUUAAAGAUUAUGUGAAGAGGAGAAAAAUGUUGAAUAUAGAUUUACAAUGUAAUUGUGAUUUUUAAAGUGCGAUUUUGUGAAUACAUCAUGUAUAUGUAGCGAGUGUGUGUGAUUUCAAAGUCACGAUGACGUGCCGUAAUACUUAUUAUCGUCCUCACAAAUUUUUUGAUGCAAUCGUCAAAAAAAGAAAAGGAAAAUAUAACUUGCGAUCUUAAAAUAUCAGUUGAUUGACUUAACUUUUAAAAAAAUUAUUUGUUUUCUUUUUUUUCUCUCCAAACAAUUUUUUAUCUUUGCUAAUUUCUAUUACAACAACCGUUGUUAAUUCAUUUAAAAAAAUGAAUACUACAAAAAGGUAGUUUUCUGAAAGUGAAAUUUUUUUUAUCCGAAUUUCAAAAGUGCGAUUUGUCAACAUUUACGCUUGAGUAAAAGUGAACUUACGAAAUCUUUGAGAAAUUGUACAUUAAGCAUGAGGAUAACUGGGAUUUUAAUAGAAAUUAAAAAUUAAAACAAAAUUAAGAAAAGAAGGAAAAUUUAAGAAAAAAGGAAAAUUAAAGAAAAAGGAAAUUAAAUAAAAUAAGAAAUGAAAGAAAAGAAAGAAAUUAAAUAA